ACCGGCGUCAACUGCCUCUUGGCCAAUUCGGCGCGCGGUCAGCCUGCGGUGCCCCGUGUGAGGAGCUCACUGCACAUGGCACACCAAGGCUGAGCGGUGCGGCUUCGAUUUUCGGUGUACCCAUAUAUCGCUCAUGGUCAUUGCAGCCACUGUUAGCAUCGUUAUCCACGUCUGAUGGACGCCUGGCGACUCUCGUGUCUCCUCCCCUUGUGCUACUGUCCCCGCAUUCUUUAGUCUCGUUGUCUUCGGUGUUUUGGGUGGACCCGGGUACUGACACUGAGGAAGGGACGGAGGAGGAGAAAAACAAAGCCCUAAGUCUAACGGCACCUCUCAAACCCAGGGCAGCGUCCGUCCCGGCCUCGGCACCGGCAUCAGGGGCACCGCUCCCGGCCGAGCCACAUGGCUCAAACUUCCACCGACAGCACCCCCAGAGCUUCGGUCCCUUUGACAGACGCCAACGGCCAGAUGCAACAAAAUCUGUGGCGCAGGUUCUUCGGCUGGGAAAGGGACAAUGGCGCUGAUGGGUCAUCAGAGCCGGCUCACAAAACCGACGGCCUUGAGCAACAGCGUGACACGAACACUGGCAUCAUCCGACGUGUCUCGCGCAAAGUUAUCCCUGGCCUGCCAAGGGCCCAAACAUUUAAAAGGCAGCGUUCCGAGGUGCGGAGCAGAUUGGAACCUGUCCGGCCUACACCCGCUGAGCGAAGAGCCGUCUCCAUGGACAGACGCUUGCAGUCGCCCAUCAGCGCCCUCGACCACUGUAAUCCUCGAAACAGCGCCCCUGAUUUCAUGCACCGUUGCCUCAGCGCACCACAGUCUCCGCCAUCCUACCCCAUGAGUCCACUGGAGGACUUUGACCCUGUUGGGGACCUGAACGGCUUCGAUUUGGAUAGAGACCUGGUCGAUAAUCCUUUUCACCACACCGAUGCCUUGUCCAGAAUUGACGUCCAGUCUAUGACCACCUCCCAGUAUGAUGCUCUGAUCGAGAGCGAGUUGGAGCGCAAAUGGAUUCUCAAUCUGUCGAUGCACUUCCGGGACAAGUCCAAGCGGGAAAAGUUCUUCAUCACCUUCCACCAGCACGAACACAAUUGGCGGCGUGUCACCAUCUCGCUUGAUUACCGCAAUGCCCCCGAGAACUCGCUUGAGGCUGACCUGGCCGCCACACAAUACCAGAGGGACAAGAGCGCCAAAAUCUAUGAAGCCAUCCGAGAGAGCCUAGGCGACAUCCAGUUCUACCACACCGUCACCAAUCUCAAGCUGGAGACGAAGGACGGGAGGCUACAUGUUCAUGUCACUGAGGACGCCAAUGAAAUCAUCAGCUAUCCCCAAAUUCGAAUGGUGCAGCAUCUGAACUGCAGGCGAGUCAAGGAGCGCGAGAUACACUUCGACUCGCACAUGUCUGGCUUUGUUUACAAGGUGCGAGUCCACGGCAGGCUGCUCAUCAAAAAGGAGAUCCCUGGCCCGGAUACCGUCGACGAGUUUCUCUACGAAAUCAACGCUCUCAACCAGCUGUGCCACGCCGAGAACGUAAUUCAAUUUUACGGUAUCGUUGUCGACGACGGGGAAGAACAUGUCACCGGUCUCCUCAUCAGCUACGCUGCGCGCGGCGCCCUUGUCGAUGUCAUCUAUGACAGCGACCACUCGUUGCCCUGGCCGACUCGCGAGAGGUGGGCCCGCCAAAUCAUCGGCGGCCUAUCUGAGAUCCAUGAAGCCGGCUUUGUCCAAGGCGAUUUUACGCUGUCCAACAUUGUCAUCGACGAGCACAACGAUGCCAAGAUCAUCGAUAUCAACCGACGAGGCUGCCCAAUCGGCUGGGAGCCGCCGGAAGCAACACCGCUGAUCGAGAGCAACCAGCGGAUUUCCAUGUACAUCGGCGUCAAGUCGGAUCUGUAUCAGUUGGGCAUGGUUCUCUGGGCUUUGGCAACCCAGGAAGAUGAGCCGGAUGCGUACGGUCGCCCCCUAAAAAUCGACCCGGAAGUCCAGGUGCCGGCAUGGUACAGGCGCGUUGUGGAUACAUGCUUGAGCGUGAACCCCAGGAACCGAGUGCAAGCGGCUCAGCUGCUCUCCUGGUUCCCGGACGCCGAAGACGAAGCACGCCACGGGCGGCCCAACGGGUCCGCGGUGUCUUUGAAUGGCGAUAACAAGUCCCGCCACGAUUACCUCUCUCCGAGCGGCAUUCCGCGGAUCAAGACAGUGCACCCGCCUAGCGACUGGGCAUAUGUUGGCUGGGGGAGUCAGCACCUGGCCGACGAGCCCUUCUAUUACCCAAGCAGGGGCCGAUCUCCGCCGUCUCCAAUGCCGAGCAAUCAGGGAGACUACGACCCGAUGCGUUACGGACACCGGACGUACACCUGGUCAGACAAAAUUUUCCAUGCACCGACUGUGUCAUCGGUCAACGACGUCCUCACGGGGAAGUCAACAGUCGGGUCCACGGAACCGACAGCAAGCGGUGAGACUCUGGGAACAUACGCUGAUGGCCCCUACGCGCCGAGGAGAACUGCGACGGACACAAUCACAGAUGGCGGAUUUUUAUCAGAACGGGGACAGUUAAUAUCAGGGAGUCAUUAUACCUACAACAACAACAACGAGUCGGCGGAGGCAGACCAGCAGGAAAUACUAAGUACAUGGGGCCCGCACCCCAGACAAUGGCGUCUCGGGGAGGAGCGGAACGAUCCUGACGGUAACGCUGACAGCGGUGGUCGAGAGCCGGGUAGCUGGGGCAAUACAGGGUCCAACUCGCAAGUCGACAGCGGCAAGGACGUUACGAAGCCGGCUAGCACGCCACGAGAGUCUGGUGGUUAUCCCGCCACGAGCAGACACUGGUCUGUUCCGCGCGGGAGGGGCGGCAAAUCAUCUGCCGAGUCUGCAUCUCAGCGAAGCGGUCAGCAGAUGGUUGCGACCGGGACUGCCACCACUCCUUUGAAUGAUCAUUUUGAAGAGAGAACCCACAAGGACGUACCGUCACAGCAACAACCACAGCAUGACCACGAAGAAGCCUAUCGUCCAGCAACCCCAGUUCCGGGAUAUACAUAUACACGAAGGGCUCCUCCAGACGACGUUCUGAAGGGGGUUGGCUCCGCCUAUGGCCCCGCUUUGCGACCCGACGAUAGUGACGCACGAGAUGAGAAACGACAGCACGACAUAAUUCUUGACGAGGACCUGUGUUCAGACUUGGAUCAGAGCCUGGGAGAUGCUCUUGCCGCAGAGGGCAAGGCUCAGACACGAGGUCCCCUCUGAUUAUGAUGAAAGGGGUUUAUGAUCGGUAUCAGCAUCAGCAUCAGCAGCAGUAAUUGCACUGCCAACGACGACAGC